AUGGAUGAAAAUGAAACAAUUGAACCGGACAAGGAUAAUUUCAUCGUUCGUGAUCAAAGCUACCCGGAUGAUUGGCAAUCGGAGACUACCUCUAUAGGCUCCUCAAUAUAUAGGGGACUUAUGGAAAAUGGGCGUCGUUAUCAGUCGUUGCGCAAUGAGGAUUAUCUCGUUCCGUCGGACGAAUUGCAAUUCGAAACAUAUGAAGCUGGGAACCUCCUAGCUAUAAUUAUGGACUCCGAUAGAGAAAACCCGCUCUUCAGAUCCCCUAUAGGUGAAGAACCACAACAUAUUCUGGACAUUGGAACUGGAGAGGGCAGUUGGGCAGUCGAUGUCGCAGAUAGGUUCCCUAAUACGAUUGUUCGCGGCGUUGACCUUUUUCCGCCCCCCAUAACAUGGAUGCCCCCAAACUGCAUCCUAGAAGUCGACGACGCAAUGCAACCCUGGACCUGGAGAGAACCAUUUGACCUCGUUCACAUGCGCCUCAUGACAGCCUCCUGGAACGAUUCAGAGUGGGACGCAGUCUACAAGCAAUGCUACGACAACAUCAAGCCAGGCGGCUGGAUCGAACAACUCGAAGCCCAACCCGACAUCGAAUGCGACGACGCAAGCCUACCAGCCGACAACAUAAUUCGAACAUGGGGCCCCUACACACGCGAGUGCGCGCGCAAGUCUGGCCGCGAGCUGAACGCCCUGCUUAUCAUGACGGACAAGAUACGCAAGGCUGGGUUCGUGGAUAUCCAGGAACAGGAAUACAAGUGGCCGAUUGGACCGUGGCCGAGGGAUAAGCGGUUGAAGGAGGCGGGCAUGGUGAACUAUCAUCACUUUAUGUCUGGGAUGGAGGGGUGGUGCAUGCAUCUGCUUACAAAGUUUGGGUCGCCGGAGCCGUGGAGUAAGGAGGAGGUUAUUGUUUAUACGUCGAAUUUGCGGCGGGAGCUGAAGAAUCCGCGGUAUCAUACUUAUUUGAGGGCGAAACGUGUGUGGGCUCGGAAGCCGUUUCCGGAUGAGUUGGAAGAGAGGAUUGGGAUUAAGGAUGAGCCUUUGACGUUGAUUUGA